AUGCGGUUUUUGAAAUGCUAUGCAGUUUCAAAUGAACAAUUGAGUGAGCUUGUGCAUAAGCUUCCAAUGUUGGAAGAGGUUGAAUUUUCAUUCCGCGACCUAUCUAAUGAUACUUUGGAAUUCAUGGGCAAAUGUUGCCCACAAUUGAAAGUGCUUAAACUUAACCAGGUGGAAGACAAAGACUUGGAGUGUGAUGAUGAGGCGUUUGCUAUUGCAAAAACCAUGUCUCGAUUACGUCAUCUCCAGCUUCUAGGAAACAGGCUCACUAAUGUUGGCUUGCUUGCCAUUCUUGAUGGAUGCCCUCAUCUUGAAUCUCUUGAUUUACGUGUUUGCUCAAAUGUCGAAUUGAGCAGAAGCUUGAGGGAAAGGUGUCUUAAGCAAAUAAGAGAUUUACGUCAUCCAGAAGACUUGAGUGAAGUUUCCUUCUACACCGAGGGUGGUAAUGAAAGGGAAUCUAUAGAUGAAGACUAUAAAAUUUUUCUUCAGGAUUAUGUUGGUCAAUUAUGA